AUGUCCAACAUCGCCAACUUCUACCGCACAUUGCAUCAACGCAUCGUCAGUCGCAGCCUCUCCAGCUCUGCGCACUCUACGGCAAUGAACACAAUGUUUUCAUCAAUCACGCGCCUCGCGCGCCCGGUUCUGACCAAGUCGCUGGCUCAAUCGCCCAGGACAUUCACAACCCUCGUCCCUCUACGCCCUUCGUUGACUCCUCUGAACGGUGCCAUACGAAGAACCGCUCUCCCGUUGAGCUUCACUCCCACCACAGCCGCCUCGGCCGAUAUCGUGCCCUCGAGUGCCAUCUCAGCACACCCCGCUCUGGGCGAUAUGCAAAUCCGCUGCGGACCCCGAAAUACCAUGAACGGACACACUAGGCUGGUGCAGAAGCGCAGACAUGGAUUCCUCUGCCGCAAGCGAAGCAAGACGGGCAGGAAGAUUCUCCUCAGGAGGAAGGUAAAGGGCCGAAGGCACAUUGCUCAAUAA